AGACAUGCCCAGCUAAGCGCGGACACAGGAGGAGGAGGAGGAGGAAAAGUCUCUCCCGCCAUGUCCUUGCCCCCUAUCGCGCCGCCACCUUCGGCCGCCCCCCGACUGCAAUCGAGGAAGCAACACCAGCCGUCGCCGCCCGUGGCGGCUCCUCGAAAGCCGAUGGCGGUGUUGGCGACGGCCCCUCUCGCUCCAGGCAAGCCUCCUUGGAAAGGGCGCGGCGUGCCUUCCGAGCGACCCGCCGGCUUCUCCAGUUCCUGGCCCAGCGCCUCCCUGCAGAAGCAGCUGCCGCGCGGCAAAGCGGGCCAAGGCGGCAGGAACGCCCCGCCGGCCGAAGGAAGGGCGGCGGCUGCGGCUGCCUUAAGCGCUGCCUUGUCUCGCAGCCGGGGCCGCUCGGGACCGCCGGCCGCUGGCACGCGCUCCUGCGAAAGCCUCUGCCCGGCGCCGGGAGGCCGCGGGGAAGCUUCGCUCCGCUUCUCGCUCAGCCUUCCCCCGGAGGCGAUCCGGGUCUUGCAGCGGCGGAGCCUGGAGAAGCAGCGGCCGCGAGGGCGGGUGGCCCGCUUCGCUUCCCCCGACGCCUCCAGGUGUCCUCUGGCGGGAAUCUCGUCGCCCGAGGGGGACUUGCGCGCCUUGCUGCAGGUGUCGCUGCUGAACGAGCGCCACCGCUACGACGACGUGGAGUACGAGGAAGACGAGGCGGCGGGCGACCCCGGAGCCUUCGCGGCCGACGAAGGGCUGGUGCGCAAGUGCACCGAAUGGCUCCGCGGUGUGGAAAGCGCCGCUGCCCGGGACCGGGCGGGCAAGAUGGACACCCUGCCUCACUUGAGCACCCUUUGAGCGGCCGGGCUUGUGGG